AUGCAAGCAAUGAGUGCAAACGCAAGCGCGCCAAGAGCGCCGCAACGGUCUCCUUUCGGGAUACAAGAACUCCUUGGUCUGUCAGACAACCGGGACAGUAGAGACCGAUAUUUUGAGAAUCGCGACGGAGACCGAGUUUUGAAUUUAUCAGAGAGCAGGGAGCUCAGGACGUACACACCACAGUUCCCGCUGCCUGCGUCAAUGGCUAGCCGGGUCGCGUACGCUGCGGCGUUCAACGCACAAGCAGCCGUCGCAGCGGCAUUCCUACCGGGCCCUCCACUCUUACACCCACCACCUGGUUUCCCGCAGAUCAAAUCACCUUACAGUCCCAGCGCACAGCCUCACCUUACAGCUGUGCGACAAUUUUAUUCAGGCGUGUCAUCAUUAGAAGCAGCAAAAGACUUCACAGUCGACGGCCUCACCGGCUACAAUGGCAAGAAGAAGAAGAAAAAACGCAGACAUAGCAGGACGAUCUUCACAUCCUACCAGCUGGACGAGCUCGAGAAGGCUUUCAAGGACGCGCACUAUCCCGACGUAUACGCCAGAGAAAUGCUAUCACUAAAGACCGACCUCCCGGAAGAUAGGAUACAAGUGUGGUUCCAGAACAGACGGGCGAAGUGGCGCAAGACGGAGAAGUGCUGGGGCCGCUCCACCAUCAUGGCGGAGUACGGGCUGUACGGCGCCAUGGUGCGACACUCGCUGCCGCUGCCGGAGACCAUCCUCAAGAGCGCGAAGGAGAACGACAACGUUGCGCCGUGGCUGCUCGGCAUGCACCGCAAGUCGCUGGAGGCGGCGCACCACCUCAAGGAGUCGGGCUCCGAGCGCGAGGGCUCCGAGGCGGAGGCCGAGCGAGCGCCCUCCGCGUCGCCGCACCGCCACGACACGCACGACGCGCAGGCGCAAAGUUCCCCCGGAAGCAGCACCACGGCAUCCUCGUCAGCGAAGGGCCGCGCGUCCCCGGAGGGCCGGGAAAUGUAUGAGGACCCCGAAGCCUUCCGCAACAACAGCAUCGCCUGCCUGCGCGCCAAAGCACAGGAGCACCAGGCGCGGCUGCUGUCUAACAACCUUCUCCUUCAGGUGCGUGGCAUGCAACGAGCGAGCGGCGCAGCGAGCGUGGUAGACGAAGACGGGCCCGCGGACAUCGACGUGGGCACCGAGCCGCCCCCACUCGAUGCCACCACGCGGCUUUACUGA